ACUCGACGCUGUCAAGGAAACGCGCACGCUGGACGCAUCGCUCCGAGAUUUACAAACAACCCAACCUGUCUCGCGCAUCGUUAUUCACAGCAUCCUUUGCAGAAAUAAACAUCAUUUGACCGACGUAUGCGAUGUAACAAAACAGAGGAAGAGCGAUAUUAGGAUUGAAAUCAGAAAGACGCCUCGCCAGCGCUUGAUAUACACAGUCAGUCAUGCCGCUGGUAAAGAGGAGUAUCGAGCCCAAGCACCUGUGUCGAGGGGCUCUUCCUGAUGGAGUCCCCAGUGAACUGGAGUGCGUCACCAACAGCACACUGGCAGCCAUCAUUAAACAACUGGGCAGCCUGAGCCGACACGCGGAGGACAUCUUUGGAGAGCUGUUUAAUGAAGCCAACAGUUUCUACAUGCGUAUGAAUAACCUGCAGGAGAGAGUGGACCUGCUGGCCAUCAAAGUCACCCAGCUGGACUCCACUGUGGAAGAGGUCUCUCUGCAAGACAUCAACAUGAGGAAGGCCUUCAAGAGCUCCACCAUUCAGGAUCAACAGGUGGUUUCCAGGAACUCAAUCCCUAACCCUGUCCUGGAGCUUUACCACCGUGGAGACAAACCACCUCCUCUUAAUAUUCUCAGCCCAUACAGAGAUGACAAGAAGGACGCGCUGAAGUUCUACACUGACCCCUCCUACUUCUUCAUCCUCUGGAGAGAGAAAAUGCUGCAAGCCACAGAGGACAAACGAAAAGAAAAGAGAAGACAGAAGACCAGCGGCUCAGGCCAGACUCACUCAGACCAGACUAAGUCCCACUCCAGGCAGGCCCUUCUCAGAAGCCCCCUCCUGUCCUCCGAGCAGCAGAAACAGGUGGAGGAUCCCAGCCGUGAGGUGAAGAAGGUUCGCAAGGCUCGCAAUCGUAGACAAGAGUGGAACGUAAUGGCGUAUGAUAAGGAGUUUCGCCCAGAUGCCCGCUUCACGCCUUCUCCAUACCACGGCAUGUCAUCUGAGGGCUCACUGUCACCAGACAACAGGUCAGUUGCGUCAGACAUGGGUGAGCACUCUUACCCAGGUAGCCCGAGUCACCCAGCUCAGCAGAUGGCAGUGAGCAGCGCUUAUUCUGCUGCCGAUGGCAAAGAACACCUCAUGGCUCCCUCUCAUGUCCAAACUCAGUCUCUGGACCGUGGCUACCGGCCUGCCCCUUCCUCCGCUGCUCCACCUGGAAGACAGACUAUUGGCCGAGUUCAGACCUCCCAUGGACAGCCAAUCACAGACCCUGCUCUCAAUGGGCCACGUCCACUGCAGACUAAAGACUACAGUGGUCAGCAGUCUCAGCAUCGGGAGUAUUUUGUUCCUCCAGCUCCUCCUCCACCACCUCCACUCAUUCCCUCAGCCCAGACUGCCUUUGACAGUCCCACAGGCCCCUCCUCUGCUCCGGCCAGUGCCAUGCCUUCUCUGUCCCAGACCUAUAGCCAGUCUCCUCCGACUCCUGCUCUCCCUGCUUCCUAUACCCCUUCCCCAACCCAUCCUCCUCCUGCAGCCCCUCCACCACCUCCACCCGGGCCACCCACACACCCUCACCCGCACCCCAUGCCAGCUGCCUCUGUGGAAGCACCGGUUGUGCCCAGGAAGGGUCAGGUCCCUCUUAUCCCGAUGAGCGACGCUCGCAGCGACCUGCUGGCGGCCAUCAGACGAGGGAUCCAGCUGCGUAAAGUGCAGGAACAGAGGGAACAGGAAGCGAAAAAGGAGCCAGUUGGAAAUGACGUGGCCACUAUAUUAUCACGUCGCAUCGCGGUGGAGUACAGCGAAUCUGAUGAAGACUCUGAGCUGGACGAAAACGAAUGGUCCGACUGAGACAACUAAAAACAGCAUAGAGGAAUAAAAAAAAAGAAGUAAGCGUUAUACUGUAGGUUUCAGAGAACACAAUUAUCACAACUAAUGUAGCAUGCCGAUGUCUGUCUGCACUAAUAAAAUAUGGGGGGAAAAGGGCUGCGUAACCACAAACUUUCCCAUUUUAGAUCAUACGUCUAAAAUGGAAGCCUUGACAGUGAAGUUUAAUGAGAGUUUUGACCCCAUUGAACUACGUCUGUUAGAGAUGGGCUCGUGUGCGCAGCUGAGACUAUUCAUCACUUUCUCACAGUGUGACGAUCCUACCAUCUGUCCUCUCUCAAUAACCUUACAACACGACCUUAUAAUUAUAUGACCAGUCAGCUGGAUGAUCAUGCAAUGCCAAUUUUAGUCAGAAACAUAUUUGAGGCAGAUGUACUAUACAUUUUUUUAUGUUCAAGACUACCGUUUUGACCUCUGGAAUGCAUGUUGUACCAAGCAUCAAGCUGAUUGUUGAAAUUAAAAUCGCUAUAGCAAUAUUUCUGAGCGAUUUAAUAAGGCAGAGCACAAAUUCACAGCUGAUGUUUAGUUAGAAUUUUGUCUAAUGAAGUUAUUCAUGUUUAUGUUAGUAAGAUCCCAGCUGAUUAAGGGAACGCUUUACCUGCUUUUGCAAAUAGGCUAAUUUUACAACUCGCCUAGAGUUAUGUUUUAACCUUUUUAAAUCCGUUCAUCUGAUCUCUGGGUGUAUUGGGAGCAAUUUUAGCUUAGCAUAGAUCAUUGGAUCGAAUUAGACCCUUAGCAUCUCACUCAAGAAUGUUUUGAUAAUUUUUAUUUUUAAAGCUUGACACUUCUGUACUUACAUUGCAUACUAGGCCAAUAUGACUAGAAACUAUACUCUCUCAAUCUCCAUAAUAUCAUUUCGCUCAAAGUCCCUUUAAGGCAAGUCAUUUCACUUAGCAACCAUCUUUAAAAUGCCUUUCGAGCAGUAUGCUUAGGCAUGCUGUCUGAAUGGGGAAACAUCAAAUUCUCCAAAAACUGUUAGCCAAGUUUAUGAUUACAUUUACAUAUUUGGAAUCAACAAUAAAAUAAAACAACAACUGUCUCGUGUCUGUUUCGUUUUUAAACGUUCAAAUCAAACAAAAUCAACAUAUUUUUAAGGAUGCGCAAGCUAAUGUGCACUCGAAACAAGAUCACGACACCAACCUCCUUCAUGACCGUUCUACACAUCAUCAUCCUCAUAAUUAAUGCUUCGCAUGAUAGUGCUGCUCUUCUGAAGUAAUCUACAACUUGGUCUUGACAGCGAAUCUCCUCCUGAAAUGACAGCGACUCUUUGUUUACAAGUUUGUGGGCGUUUAAAUAAUUGCUGUCAUGUGACGUGAGUUUGACAGGACAGACUGUACCUCGCGUUCGUUUCAUACAGAUAACAAAACCAGAAAACUUUUAUUAUCAAGUGCACUUGGUUUAUAUAAAAAUACAGGUUUCAAGCUAUAUCUGGAUAUAUUUCUUGUGUCUGUGAAGCAAGUAUUCGCUUAGAUUCCAGUCUGUUUGUUGACCAACAAACUGUCAAAAACGCAAACGUUUGUUGCGAGCUUCCCAUGGAGAAAUGUCAGUCUAUAGCGAUCGAUGAUUGGCUCCUGUACUAGUAGGCGGGGCUCCAUUUGCCAUAUUGACCGUUAGACUUUUCCCUAUUCAAAACUAUACGUGUGACAUCACUAGUCUUUAUUGUGCCUGCUGCAGUCAUAGUACAACUGCAAAGGUCCGAGAUUAUUAAGUCAGAAUAAGUAUAGUUCCUAUUAAUAGUCAUUUUCGUUUUCUGUCUGUCUUAGUACACAAUCCUAACUACAAAAGAGUCCACAUAAAAACUACAAAAAGUGUUAUAAAAUUAUCAAAACUCUUUGGUCAUUAUAGAUUGAGAUGCUAAUGGUCUAAUCCAGUGAUUCUCAACCAUGUUCGUGGAGGACCACCAGCACUGCAUGUUUUGGAUCUCUCCUUUGUCUGUCACACCCAUCACAGGUCUUUCAGUCUCUGCUAAUGAGCAGAUGAUCUGAUUCAGGUGUGUUUGGUUAAGGUGACAUGGAAAAUGUGCAGAGCUGGUGGUCCCCUAAGAACAUGGUUGAGAAACACUGGUCUAAUCUGAUUCAGUGAUCUAUGCUAAGCUAAGCUAAAAAUGCUGCAAAUAUCAAAAAUGGUAAAACUCUAGGGGAGUUGUAAAAUGUGUUUCUUUAAACAACACAGGUGGACAAUCUGAAUCAAAAAAUGAGUUUCUCUAAAUAUUUUAAUUCUGUUCUGUAUUUAUAUUGGGAGUAUCUAUUUUCUGGAUCUAAAGAAAGAUGGGAAGCUUUACAUACAUUAUCUGAGAUGCCAUUUCCCCCAAAUGUAAUUAAUUGAGAAUUAUUUAACCUGUUUGGAUUGAAACUAGUUUUAUGGCUUCGUUUGCUUUUUUCCUGGCUUCAAGUCAAGAUUUUAAAGGACUUUAUUGCUACAUUGGUGUAUUGUGAAUCCACCAGUAUUUUAAAGUCACAAAUUGUGAUUGCUGCUACUCGUCUGCAAUUACUGGGAAAUGCAACUGCAAAUGACCUUAGACAGCAGCAGAACUGGCUCUUCUUCAUCUAUAGGCUCAUUAAUGCUUUGUUUUGAGGUUCAAGUGGUGCUGUGUUAGUAGUUAUGGAUUGUAUCUUUAACCGUGUCAGGAUUUCACUCUUUCCUUUUUUUCAAGGAUUGGGAAACAAAAGAAACUUUUUUAUUUUCUGUGUAUUUUUGAUUAGAAAAAGUGGCAGUCUGUCCGCUAAAGCAUCAAAUCAUUCACUUGUCAGUCUCACUGUCGCCGCAGUGAACAUCACUGCAUUUCAAGCAGACCACAAUGAAGAUCGUUUGACCAGGUAAUCCAUAAACACAAACAGAAAUGAACCGUGUCUUCUAUAAUGAAUCAGCAGCUGGUUUGGAGUCAUUUUGGGAUUUUAGUUCCAUUUGCUAGCGUUUUUAUUUUGAAUCAUGUCGCAUUUGCAAUGCUAAAUAUGCUAAUUUGUACAGAAUAAGAGCACUUGAGUAUUCCCGCUAUUAUUUUCUAUUUAUUUGCUUAAAUGUGUCACUCACUGCACAAAGAGGGAGGCUAGUUUCAAUGCUCCCGAAUUAACAGCUUAACAGUCAUGAGCUGUGUCGUUUAGCCUGUGUUUUGUAUGUAAAGAAUGAAGUCCUUUGUGUUUUAAACAAUGUGAUGUAUAGAACUUUGUUAAAAUGGCAGAACUUUGGUUUCUAUAGAUAAGAAACAGUAUGAGAAUCGGUGUAACAAAAAGAAUUAAUAUAUUGUAGGCAAAUGCUGCAUGCAUGUACUGACUGCCAUUAAAGUGCUUCUUAAAACAA